CAUUGUCAUUCCCAACCUGCUCUCUGGCACCCUCUGAAACUCCCAGCAAGAUGCUGAAGACUUGGAUCCUCCUCUUUGGGGCAGGAAUCGCCCUGAGCUGUGUGAUGGGCAACCUUUACACAGCCCCUGACUCCUGUGAGGGCCGUUGUGAGGAGCCCUACAACGACCAGGACCAGUGUCACUGCCACAGGGACUGCCAGAGGCACCACAACUGCUGUGAGGACUAUCACAGGCACUGCAGCCAGGGUGGAGAAUGGGCUGAGGAGGCAGCUCAUGGCCGUGAGGGUUUCUCCAGAGCCCAGGAUGCCAUCACUGACCAGGAGCUCCUGAGGGUCUCAGAGCAGCUUUAUGAGGCAGAUCACAACAAAGCCCAACCAAGUGACAUCAUCAUCAACCCCCAGUACCAAGCCUCCCCUGGUGAGACUGGUGACCAGGAAGAUCACUCCCCACAGCCGCUCUACAAAUAUGUCAAUGAGAAGCUCUUCACCAAACCCACCUACAGCAGCUUCAUCAAACUGCUGGACAACUACCAGAGGGCAACUGGGAGGGAGGAGGAUGUGACAGCAGAGGAGCUGAGGGAACAGGACAACUUCCUCAGGGAGGUGAUGGAAACUGAGCUCAUGAAGAAGCUCUUCACCUUCCUCCACCAGAAAAACCGUUACAGCUCCCAGCAGGAGUUUGUUGCUGACCUCAAGGAGAUGUGGUUUGGGCUCUACUCCAGAGGUGCUGCCCAGAGGGACUCCAGUGGCUUCGAGCACAUCUUCUCAGGAGAGGUGAAGAAAGGGAAAGUGUCUGGAUUUCACAACUGGAUCCGUUUCUACCUCUUGGAAAAACAGGGUCUGGUCAACUACCUCAGCCACAACUUCGAUGGGCCGUGGGACACCUACCCUGACGUGCUGGGGCUGCAGUUCAGCUGGGAUGGCUUUCACAAGGAGGUGGGCUCUGCCUUCAUUGGCUGCAGCCCCGAGUUCGAGUUUGGGCUCUACACCUUGUGCUUCAUCUCACGGCCUGGGAGGGCGUGUCACCUGAGCCUGGAUGGCUACAGCCUCAGCAUCCAAACCUACCCCUGGACCAAAUCCACCUACGGCCACGGCAGGAGACACAUCGCCACAGCCUACGUGAUCUCACCCUGA